AUGGAAGCGAUGUCUCCUCAGCAGGAUGCUCUAGGGGCGCAGCCGGGGCGCUCCUCCUCGCUGACAGGCAUGUCUCGCAUCGCGGGAGGCCCUGGCACCAAGAAGAAAAUGAAAACACUCGCAGAAAGGAGGAGAAGUGCCCCAUCCCUCAUCCUGGACAAAGCCUUACAGAAGCGGCCGAGCACCAGAGACAGCCAUUCUGCCAGCAUUGACACGUGUGCAUUUCUGUCGUCGUUCAUGUGCUCCAGUAGGACUCUGCUGAUUGAUGGUCCAGUGGAACUUAAAAGAGGCCUGCAGAGGCAGGAGAGGCAUCUUUUCCUAUUCAACGAUCUGUUUGUCGCGGCCAAAAUCAAAUAUAACAACAAUUUUAAGAUAAAGAAUAAAAUAAAGCUGACUGACAUGUGGACAGCUAGCUGCGUGGACGAAGUGGGAGAAGGCAACACAAACGCUCUGAAGUCCUUUGUCCUGGGCUGGCCCACAGUGAACUUCGUGGCCACUUUCAGUUCUCCAGAACAAAAGGACAAAUGGCUCUCCCUUCUUCAGAGAUACAUUGCUCUAGAAAAGGAGAAAGACUACCCGAAGAGCAUCCCCCUCAAAAUCUUCGCCAAGGACAUUGGGAAUUGUGCCUAUUUUAAAACUAUAACAGUAAUGAACUCAGACACAGCGAGUGAAGUUAUCAACAUGUCACUACAAAUGUUAGGGAUAACUGGCUCUGAGAGAGAUUACCAACUGUGGGUAAAUUCUGGAAAAGAAGCGGCACCGUACCCACUCAUUGGACAUGAGUAUCCUUAUGGAAUUAAAAUGAGCCAUCUCCGAGACACUGCCCUUCUGACGCAGGGAUCAAAAGACUCCGCCAGCCCGUCCCAGCUCCAAGAGCCUUUCCUCAUGGAGCAGCUGCCCCGGGAGAUGCAGUGCCAGUUUAUCCUGAAACCUACCCGCCUGACGACAGCCCAGCAGCUGAGCGAUUCCAGCCAGAAGACAUUUAAGAGGAGGCGCUCUAUCAUCAACUGGGCUUUUUGGCGGGGUUCUAGCACACACCUGGACAACCUGCCCAUGUCGCCAACAUCCCCUAUGCCAGGACAGCUCUUUGGAGUUUCUUUACCAGAUAUCUGUGAGAACGACAAUCUACCAAAGCCUAUCUUGGAUAUGCUUUCCUUUCUUAACCAAAAAGGCCCCCUCACAAAGGGCAUCUUCAGGCAAUCGGCCAACAUGAAGUCUUGCAGAGAGCUAAAGGAGAAACUGAAUUCUGGAAUUGAAGUCCACCUUGACUGUGAAUCCGUCUUUGUGAUAGCGUCUGUGUUGAAGGAUUUUCUGAGAAACAUCCCAGAAAGUAUUUUUUCUUCAGAUCUGUAUGAUCACUGGGUCUGUGUAAUGGAUCAAGGGAAUGAUGAAGAAAAAAUAAAUAUAAUUCAAAGGCUCUUAGAUCAGCUUCCCAGAGCCAAUGUUGUUUUCCUAAGGUAUCUGUUUGGGGUAUUACACAACAUUGAACAACAUUCCUUAUCUAAUCAGAUGACUGCAUUUAACUUAGCAGUGUGUAUCGCUCCAAGCAUUCUUUGGCCUCCUGCUUCCUCCAGUCCAGAGUUAGAAAAUGAAUUUACGAAAAAGGUUUCUCUUCUUAUACAAUUUCUGAUUGAAAACUGCUGUAGGGUAUUUGGAGAAGAAAUCACUUCUCUCUUGGGGGAGCUUUCUGAGAGAAGCAACAGAGAACACACCCCAGAUAUGUCUUGCUUCCAAAUGAACGACUCCUCCUAUGACAGCUUAGAGAACGAGCUCCAUGAGGAUGCCGACGCUCCAUGCAGUGACCUGCUCAAAACACUUGGCCAGGGGAGCAGGAGCAUGGACUCUGUCUUAACACUCAGCGACUAUGACCUUGAACAGCCUGAGGUAGAAGGCCUUUUAACCCUGAGCAACUUUGACUUAGAUCAGUCUAAAGAUGACCACAUUCAAAUAAAACAACCUCUGGAGCCCAAGCCAGUGAAUGUUUUCGUAGCCUAUAGGAAGGUUUCAAUGGGAGAGCAUGCUAGGGCCCCAGCUGGCCCGGAUACACCCAGCUGCCUGCCUGCAACGGCAGCAGAUGCCCCAAAAGUCCUGCGGCGGCACCGGCGUUCCUCAGAACCCAGCAUUGACUAUGUAGACACAAAGCUUUCCUAUCUCCGGGAAUUUUACCAGAAAAAGCUACGCAAGUCCAGCUGUGAUGCUGUACUCUCUAGAAAAGAUGAAGAUUACCUGAAGCAGACGCAGACUCAGAAGAAAGGGGAUAAGAUGUGUUUUAAACAGAGUUCAGUGACAAGCACUGAUGUCAGCAAGAGAAACACUACUAAUGAAAACAUUAAGAAGAAAAGCUUGUCUGGUCAUGAAGGAAAUCAAGUGACACCUUUCACUAAGUCCAAGCCAGUGGCCAUUUCUGUGGCAUCUUACAGCCAUGCAUCCUCCCAGGAUCAUUCCAGGAAGCAACCCUUUGAUGAAGAUACAUGCAGGUUCUCCCCACGGCACAUAGCAGAUGCCCAGAAGAGCUCACGGGUACAUCAUCGGCGCUGUUCAGAACCCAGCAUAGAUGACCAGAACUACAAGCUGUCCUAUCUCAGGGGGAUCUAUUCAAAGAAACAAAAUAAAACUAGCUGUGAGGCUGGCCUCUUGCAUGGAGAAGAGGAUUAUCUCAAAAGGCAUAAGUCUUUGCAAAUCGAGGGGCAGAAGCUCAUUAAUCAGAGUUUGGUCAUGGGCAUUGAGGUGGGCAAGAGCAGCGGCAUGCACCAAAGCACUGAGAAAGUUUUGCCCCCAAGACUAAACCUUUGCCCGAGGGCUAGCUAUUCGAGCUUAUCCUCCCCAGGCACAUCUCCAUCGGGCUCCUCGGUAAGCUCCCAGGACAGCGCUUUCUCUCAGAUCUCUGAACAUUCUGUGUUUAUGCCCACCGAAACUUCCUCUCCAAUAGAUUGCACUUUCCAGGCUCAGAGAAAACAGGAAGAGCUUUCUUCAGACUUUGACAGUCCCAGCCUCAUUCCUGGAAUGCCUGGUCCCUCCAUGGGGCAGGCCAGCAGCCACCUAGCUUAUUUAAGAAAGGGUACCACGGAGCAGCCGUCCCAAAUGCAUUCUGUAACUCUUCACCCCAGCGCAUGGUUGAGAAGUGGUUUGGUCACUUUAAAAAACUGGUCCCUCAAAAAGAAAACAAAAGCAGCCAGACCAGAAGACAGGAAAGUGUGUUCCCUAAAAGAACCUCUGGAGUUACCUUCUUGUGCUUCCGGUACCCCAGAGGCUGACUCUCUACAAGAGAGUCUGGAUGACAUACACCUACGGGUAGAUGAAAGACCUGGACAGACAGCCUGUGGGUUCAGUUCUUAUGCCUGUCAGGACUCAGAGCAACACACCAGCUCUCCAUUCAGCCUAGUGGAAAGCAUACUCAAGCCUUGUAUGAAGUUGCAUGAGGGAGAAGAAAGUGUAGGACAGUACCCUUGUGAUAACCUUUGGGAAGGAGCCUCUUCAAGUCGGGAGACUGUGGAGGAUGUGGCCAACCCAGGUGCAGGAUCUACGACAGUCAAUGACGGGGACAGACAUUUAACCAAAGACUGUUACCUACAAUAAGAACUUGAUAUCAAAAUAAUCUUAUGUCUUUAAGAACAAGAACUGGGCCAAUAAAAACACAGACAGUAAUUAAAUAACCCUGUUCAUAAGACACCUAGGGUAGGUAGCACAAGGACAAUCAUUGCUAAUAUGACAGUUUCUUUGUUGAGAUUAUGUGGCAAAACUUUGUUGAGACGUUUUAUGAUCUAAAGUUUUGAAAGGCUCUUCCUAUUAAAAUAUGGGUUAAGUCCUUUUCUGAGAUUCUUGGAUACUGACAGAAGGGUAGAGGAAGUGUCCUUUGUAGAAGAUGCCUGCUCAUGUCAGCAGUCUGAGAGUUCAGGUGUCUUGAGAGGACCAGAGUACCUUAAAUGCAGCAUCAGUGACCCAUAGAGGGGAAGAGAGAAACCAUCUUCACACCAUGGAAUAAGCAGGCAAGAAAAAGGGCCACUGAGCUGCUCAGAAAAGCAUGUACUAAGGAAAUCAUGUAAAAACCUGUCCCUGAAGCCAAGUCAGUGGCCAUUUCUGUGGCUGUUCUUAGUCAUGUGUCUUCACUGGGUCAUUUUAGGGACCAGCUCAUGAUAAAGGCAGAGUAGAGAAAAAUAGUGGGUAAAGAGCCAUGGGUGCCGGGACAGCACAGCCUGUAAUCGGGCAGCUUGGUUGGUUUUUGUUGUUGUUUUUCUAUUAGGGUUGAGUGCAUUCACAUACAUCUUUCAGAAAUGAAGAUACAAAGACAAGGAAGGAAGAGUUUGCCCAUUUUAGUGUCCUUCACACAUUCCCCAUGCAACAAACCUGUGUUCCGGGAAUGUAACUUAUCCCACCAUAAAGGAACCUGCUGACAGCAUGCGCUCUCGUAGUGCAGAAGA